GCCGAGCAAUUCGAUGACGAGGCCCAGGAAGCACGCUGAAACGCUGGGCGGCGGCAAGCUGUGCGACCUCUUCUGCGGCCGGCCUGGGCAGGUGUCUUCCUCGAGAGGCAGGCAGGGGAUCCCGGACGCUGGAGUGAAGUGGCAUGAUCUCGGCUCACUGCAACCUCCGUCCCCCACCCAGGUUCAAGCGAUUCUCCUGCCUCAGCCUCCCAAGUAGCUGGGAUUUACAGCCUUAUACAGGAUGCUGUGUUCUUUGCUCCUUUUUGAAUGUCUGUUGCUGGUAGCUGGUUAUGCUCAUGAUGAUGACUGGAUUGACCCCACAGACAUGCUUAACUAUGAUGCUGCUUCAGGAACAAUGAGAAAAUCUCAGGCAAAAUAUGGUAUUUCAGGGGAAAAGGAUGUCAGUCCUGACUUGUCAUGUGCUGAUGAAAUAUCAGAAUGUUAUCACAGACUUGAUUCUUUAACUUAUAAGAUUGAUGAGUGUGAAAAGAAAAAGAGGGAAGACUAUGAAAGUCAAAGCAAUCCUGUUUUUAGGAGAUACUUAAAUAAGAUUUUAAUUGAAGCUGGAAAGCUUGGACUUCCUGAUGAAAACAAAGGCGAUAUGCAUUAUGAUGCUGAGAUUAUCCUUAAAAGAGAAACUUUGUUAGAAAUACAGAAGUUUCUCAAUGGAGAAGACUGGAAACCAGGUGCCUUGGAUGAUGCACUAAGUGAUAUUUUAAUUAAUUUUAAGUUUCAUGAUUUUGAAACAUGGAAGUGGCGAUUCGAAGAUUCCUUUGGAGUGGAUCCAUAUAAUGUGUUAAUGGUACUUCUUUGUCUGCUCUGCAUCGUGGUUUUAGUGGCUACCGAGCUGUGGACAUAUGUACGUUGGUACACUCAGUUGAGACGUGUUUUAAUCAUCAGCUUUCUAUUCAGUUUGGGAUGGAAUUGGAUGUAUUUAUAUAAGCUAGCUUUUGCACAGCAUCAGGCUGAAGUCGCCAAGAUGGAGCCAUUAAACAAUGUGUGUGCCGAGAAGAUGGACUGGACUGGAAGUAUCUGGGAAUGGUUUAGAAGUUCGUGGACCUAUAAGGAUGACCCAUGCCAAAAAUACUAUGAGCUCUUACUAGUCAACCCUAUUUGGUUGGUCCCACCAACAAAGGCACUUGCAGUUACAUUCACCACAUUUGUAACGGAGCCAUUGAAGCAUAUUGGAAAAGGAACUGGGGAAUUUAUUAAAGCACUCAUGAAGGAAAUUCCAGCGCUGCUUCAUCUUCCAGUGCUGAUAAUUAUGGCAUUAGCCAUCCUGAGUUUCUGCUAUGGUGCUGGAAAAUCAGUUCAUGUGUUGAGACAUAUAGGCGGUCCUGAGAGAGAACCUCCCCAGGCACUUUGGCCACGGGAUAGAAGACGGCAGGAGGAAAUUGAUUAUAGACCUGAUGGUGGAGCAGGUGAUGCCGAUUUCCAUUAUAGGGGCCAAAUGGGCCCCAUUGAGCAAGGCCCUUAUGCCAAAACUUAUGAGGGUAGAAGAGAGAUUUUGAGAGAGAGAGAUGUUGACUUGAGAUUUCAGACUGGCAACAAGAGCCCUGAAGUGCUCCGGGCAUUUGAUGUACCAGACGCAGAGGCACGAGAGCAUCCCAUGGUGGUACCCAGUCAUAAAUCACCUGUUUUGGAUACAAAGCCCAAGGAGACAGGUGGAAUCCUGGGGGAAGGCACACCGAAAGAAAGCAGUACUGAAAGCAGCCAGUCGGCCAAGCCUGUCUCUGGCCAAGACACAUCAGGGAAUACAGAAGGUUCACCCGCAGCGGAAAAGGCCCAGCUCAAGUCUGAAGCCGCAGGCAGCCCAGACCAAGGCAGCACAUACAGCCCCGCAAGAGGUGUGGCUGGACCACGUGGACAGGAUCCGGUCAGCAGCCCCUGUGGCUAGAGGAACACCAGCACAAACGACAGCCUCAAGUCUCCUUCGAGCUUUGUAAAGUAUACUCUUCACUCUUUCUUUUCUCUGCAAGAAUUCUGAUUACUACAAAGGUGCCAACUUCAACAUUCACAUUUCAACUUCAACAUUCACAUUUUUACUGACAAUUAGAAUUAACAAACACGUUAUAUAUAUAAAAGCUUUUAAUUUCAUCUUCUCUUUGAUAUUUACAUUCCAUAAAGUAAGAAGUGUUUAUUUUAAGAUGAACAGAUGACAGGCAUCACUGAUUCUGGAUAGUUAAGGAGGCCAGUUUGAAUUGGGGACAUUGAAAAAGAAAUUUUAUUGUUACAGGCACUUACGGGAACCCACUAACCAAUUUACAUUGCCUAGUGGAAUCCACUAGAGUUAAGGCCACCCACUUGAUGCCUCCAGCAUCUUCAUGCAGCCAUGGAGUAUCGUUACCAGGAUCAGUCUGACUGACACCUCAGCUUAUCUCUACGCAGGCUGCCCACAGGUCACUGUGGCUGUAGUUUCAUCUUUUCCACAGCUAUUACUACGCCUGCAUGCUUAUUGCUCCUUUUACUUUAUGUUUACUUAGAGAAAACUGAAGACUGCCAGGGCAAUUUAGAUAACAUAGCUUGUUAUAUUGGUAAUCUGUUUUACAGAGUCAGUCGACUGAAAAUGACUUUAUUCUUUUCCCCCACCAAUUGAAGUGCAUGGGCUUUUUAUAAAACCUAUUUUUUGUGUUACUCAGAAUCCUAGCAGUGGAGACUAUUAGAUAUUACCAUAUCUUAAUUCAUAUUAUAGCAAAUCAUAUUGUCUUGUCCAUAGGAAGUUUGCAUUUUUAGAGAUCUGUACACAGAGAAUACCAUGAUGAGGAAGAAGAGAGUUGGGUGUCUUCCUUAACUGCAGACAGGACAUCAAUCAGCACUUUACAUUAGUCUUUCUGAUUAUCAAAAGCAUUCCUCAUUUUAAACUUUUUAAAAAGUAAUGCAUAAAUUUUGUACCUGUCCUUAGCAGACUUCACAGACAUCAGGUGUCCUUUGUUUUAACCAUAUUCACACUACAAGUUAUGUUCAACUGCUUACUAAAAGUGAUACCAGUCAGGAAUAAAGUCUUUAAAUUUUCAUGCAGAUAUGUGUAUCCCAAGCUCUUGCUUUUUGAUUUUAAUAUGAAAUGCAGAAUACACAUUUUUGGAUCCAGGAAGUGUUACUUACGUGCCUGUAACAAUGUAAUUUUAGGCCAGGUGCAGUGGCUCAUGCCUACAGUCCUAGCACUUUGGAAGGUUGAGGGAGGAUGAUCGCUUAAGCUCAGGAGUUCAAGGCUAUGUGCUAAAAAUAAAACUAGCCAGGCAUGGUGGUACACGCCUGUAGUCCCAGCUACUUGGAGGGCUGAGGCAAGAGGAUCGCGAGGUGGCAGCGAGUUAUGAUCGAGCCACUGUACUCCAGCCUGGGUGACAGAGCAAGACCUUGUCUCAAAAUUAUACAUGUUAAUAUAUUCUAGUUUAAUAUUGCAAACAUCUUUAGAAUUUCAUCAGAAAGGUGAUUUUUUUCUAAGAAAUGCAAAAGGAUUUUAGGAUUUUUAACACAGAGGACAUGUAACAAAUGAAUCCUGACAGACACCUGCAGUUUAGAAUAAAUUUGUGAACAUCCAUGCGUAUAAAGUGUCCUCUUGGGACAAGACAUGUUCACAGUGACUUGGGGAAUAUGCCCCCAAGGUGAGAGCUGUCUUUUGAACUGUGAUCUGACUCUGAAAAGUAGUGAAUGCCCCAGGUGAUAGACUGUAACUGUGAGUGGAAUUAAUGCUGCUUGCAUGCCUUUUAAUCCAAAACCAAAUUCUUUUAAAAAAUUUUUAAAUAAAAUUUCACCUUUGUAUUCUUUCAUUACAGAUAUCCAUUUGGGGAUGAAGUCUACUUUGACAGCUAGCAAGGCAACAUGCAACUGCUGUUGAAUGAUGACAGCAAUUCAGGAAAGACUUAAAUAUGGAAGCAAAUUGAACACAUCGGGCCAUUUUGUUAUCAGAAAAGAGAUAAGACUUGUUUAUUGACUAGCCAAUAUGUCAUUAAAAUUAAGGUUUAUAUUGUGACGCUUUUUUGAAAUUUUACUUUUUUUUGAGAGUUUUGCCCUGUCACCCAGGCUGGAGUGAGGUGGUACAAUCUUGGCUCACUGCAACCUCCACCUCCCAGGUUCAAGAGAUUCUCCUGCCUCAGCCUCCUGAGUAGCUAGGAUUACAGAUGUUCCUGCCUCAGCCUCCUGAGUAGCUAGGAUUACAGAUGUGCAUCAUCACCAUGCCUGGCUAAUUUUUGUAUUUUUUAGUAGAGAUGGGGUUUCACCAUGUUGGUCAGGCUGGUCUCGAACUCCUGACCUCAAGUGAUCCGCCCUUGUCGGCCUCCCAAAGUGCUGGGAUUACAGGCGUGAGCCAUUGUGCCCAGCCUAUAUAGUGUGAAGCUUUUAGGAAAAUCAGAACAGGGUAGACAGCUGUUAAAAACAAUGUUUAAAUGGAAUAAUGUUGAAUGUUUACAGGCUGUAAGAACUAUUGUAUACACAAAAUAAACUUUUUACGUUGUGGUUUGGUA